UUAAAUGAUUUGUGCGAUCACCUGUGCUCUCACCUUCCAUUUCGUCCUCGCGAGUUUACCGUACCUGAGCAGAGGAGGGAUGGCAUCGCAGGGCGCCGUGGCGCUUCCCUCCUGGUUCAGCUCCCCGUCGGCGGCGGCGGCAGGGACCAAGCACGGACGAGAAGACGGUGGAACAGGCGAGGAAGGUCGCCGAGGGAAGAGCAGUCGUCAAGGCCAGGGCGGUGGAGGAAACAACAAGCUGUCCGUCGCCAGUGCUCGCCUCACGAUGACGCUCGCCAGGGACGUCGCCGACUUGAAGGGCGCGGUCUACCUCCGCCACGAGCUGCCGAACGGCACGAUCGGGCUGGCGGCCGCGUGCAAGCAGGCGGGAGUGCACUACAACAAGGUCGGCACCGAGCUCAAGGACCAGCAGAAGAACGGCCACACAGUGGACUUCAAAGCCAGGGGACCACCACACGUAUCCAUAGCGAUGGCGGCGAUCAUCUACGGCGCCAGCAAACAGUUCGAAGAAGGUGGCAACCCGCAGCACAUCAAACUCAGGGACGACACGAAGGCCUUCUACGAGAAGGAGAUCUUCACCGCUGGAGUGACGGCAGUGAAGCUGGGCAGAUCGAUCCCGUACUUCAGGUGCCAGAUUCUCAAGCCUCAGAAUGGCGAGACGGCCAAAGCGAUUCUCAGCAUGUGCUUCCACAAGGACCAGAAGCUCGGGCACGACCUGUCCAAGCUGCUCGAGGCGCUGGUGGAGUCGGAUGGGGGGAUCUUCUUGUCGGGUGCGGCCCCGCGGGGCCCCUUGGAGCGCGAGAUCGGCACGAUGGUCGGAUCCGAGAAGAAGGAGUAGGCAGCAGGCCCCCAGGAGACCUCCCCAGACAAGUAGUAGCUAGCCAGCCCCCGUCGGGGCCACUUUUCGAAGCAGAUAAUUCGGAGAAACUAAGUAGUGACUGCAUAACUCAGCAGCAGCAGCAGCAACCAAGCCAGCAGCCCCCUGUCGGGGCUAUGUGCACUCGUUUUUUUAACCCCUCCAGGGCCUCAAGGGCCCAGGAAGCUUUCUCGGGAAGUGAGCGAUUUCGGGAGUUAGUUGCUAGAGGAGCAAUUUCAUCUGAGGUGCUUAAUACGCCCACUCAGCUCUGUACCUAUGCCGCUGCCUCCUCUCUUCCUGGCUCACUGCCCCAGACCCCAAUUAUAUAUGCCCCCAGAGCUAAAGGUAAAGCGGGCUCCAAAGGCAAGGGGAAACGGUGG